UGCUUGUUUCCUAGGUCCUGACAGCACCAUCCGGCUGGAGGGAGUCGACACUGGCUGCUUGUUUUCUAUAUACAAGGGACUUUUGGAUAUUUUUUGUUUUUAUUCAUAUUUUCCUUUAAUGGAUGUAUGUGUGUGCUGCGUAAAGAGAUAGUGUGCGGAACAAACUGAACACACGGGAUCCAAUGGGGAAAAUAAGUUGACUGUGCUGUCGGAAGAAUUUGUUUUCCUCGUUUCCAGAAAUAAAUAUAGCACAUUUUAUCAACAUGAUUUGGAUUUCUGGAGUCUGGGGUUGCGGGAAUUGUGACAUCUGAGGGAGGACAGCGGUCCGUAGCCCAUUUCUACAAGACAUCGUAAACGGCAACAUUGUAUCACAUCUCGGUAGCGUUCUCGCUUUGCUUGGGUCUAUUUGUUCUUGCAGCCGAGUCUACUGCUACAUAAUAUUGUAAUUGUUGUUAUAUGCGGAACAUUUGAAGUCUCCCAUACUGUUUUGCAACGCUUACUACAAGUGUCUAUCAAGCAAACAACGGUAGCUUGACCUAAAGCCGAAUAACUUCUGCAAACUGCAUGCAGCACAGGCGGUGGGAACAACGGCGUUGCUGGACCAGACAAUAUGGCAAACUUGAGUAAUGAAAGAUGAAUGCUGUGCUAUUUCCCAUGUGAUACAUAUCGGUUUCCCUUUUAAUAUCAAGAAGGGGAAAUUGACCGAGUUUUGUCAGUGGAGAGGAGAACGCCACUUCCAACAUGAGGGAGACCUAGGGCCGCGGAUAAUUUAUUUAUUGUGGGGGGUGCGGGUUCUUUUCUGUCGCAUUUUUUAUUUAAAAAUUUUAACAAAAUAUACAUCAUUUACAUUUUAAUUAUUGCAAUAGUUUAGUGGCCUAUCUGCUAUCGGUGCAUGCGGAAGAAAAUGUAAUUACGAGAACUAGGUCAGAUCCGUGUAAUGAUAAAGCUUUUAGGGAGAGUGAGGUUGAUCUCAGAAUUAUAGCUGACAUGUUUAUUUAAUUCAAACCUUUUCAAGUUGGUUUUGUUGAUUUUAUGCAUCGGGUCACAACCAAUGACCAGUUAAGCAUCAUCUGCCCAAUCCUAUAGCCUACCUUCACCUGGGAUAUUAUUUUCGCGUAAAAUAAAAGGCGCAUUUUCACCUAUAUCCCUCCUUUUCCUUUCUUUUUUAUUGUUAUUGAGUGAAUGGCUUUGUGCGGAACAACGGCUGCCAAUGCCGCAAAAAUGAUGGCUGCAUACAACGGUGGCGCCUCGGCAGUUGCUGCCCAUCACCCGCACCAUCACCACCAACUACCGCAUCUCCCACCUCCCCAUCUCCACCACCAUCACCACCCGGGCCAGCAUCACUUGCAGCACCCCGGCUCUGCCGCCGCUGUCCACCCUGUACAACAACACGCUUCUACAGCUGCAGUGGCAGCCGCGGUAAUGCUGAACCCGAGCCAGCAACAACCAUACUUUCCCUCGCCAGCUCCUGGACAAGCCCCCGGCCCGGCAGCGGCAGCGGCACCUGCCCAAGUUCAAGCUGCGGCUGUCAAAGCUCACCACCACCAUCAUCAACACUCACACCACUUACAGCCGCAGUUGGACAUAGAGCCCGACAGACCCAUCGGCUAUGGAGCUUUUGGGGUGGUCUGGUCAGUGACGGACCCCCGGGAUGGAAAGCGUGUCGCCCUCAAAAAGAUGCCCAACGUCUUCCAGAACCUCGUCUCCUGUAAGAGGGUCUUCCGCGAGCUGAAGAUGCUGUGCUUCUUCAAACAUGAUAAUGUGCUCUCGGCUCUCGACAUCCUACAGCCUCCACACAUCGACUACUUUGAGGAAAUCUAUGUGGUGACAGAACUGAUGCAGAGUGACCUCCAUAAGAUCAUCGUGUCACCUCAGCCACUCAGCUCAGACCACGUCAAAGUGUUUCUCUAUCAGAUCCUCCGAGGACUGAAGUACCUGCACUCAGCUGGCAUCCUACAUCGAGACAUCAAACCUGGCAACCUCCUGGUCAACAGCAACUGUGUGCUUAAGAUCUGUGACUUUGGGCUGGCGCGGUUGGAGGAGCUGGACGAGUCUCGUCACAUGACUCAGGAGGUGGUGACACAGUAUUACCGUGCGCCAGAAAUCCUCAUGGGCAGCCACCAUUACACCAACGCCAUCGACAUCUGGUCUGUAGGAUGCAUCUUCGCCGAGCUACUGGGCCGACGCAUCCUGUUCCAGGCCCAAAGCCCCAUCCAGCAGCUGGAUCUUAUCACGGACCUACUGGGCACUCCCUCUCUGGAGGCCAUGAGGACAGCGUGUGAGGGGGCCAGGGCCCACAUCCUCAGAGGACCACACAAACAGCCAUCCCUUCCUGUCCUGUACACCCUGUCCAGCCAGGCCACCCACGAAGCUGUCCACCUCCUGUGCAGGAUGCUUGUGUUCGAUCCGUCGAAGCGGAUCUCAGCGAAGGAUGCCCUGGCCCACCCCUACCUGGACGAGGGCCGACUGAGGUACCACACCUGCAUGUGUAAGUGCUGCUACACCACCUCCUCUGGUCGCGUCUACACCAGCGACUUCGAGCCCGUCACCACACCCAAGUUUGACGAUGGCUUCGAGAAGAAUCUGACCUCCGUCAGACAGGUCAAAGAGAUCAUUCACCAGUUCAUCCUGGAGCAGCAGAAGGGGAACAGAGUGCCGCUCUGCAUCAACCCCCAGUCAGCCGCUUUCAAAAGCUUUAUCAGUUCCACUGUGGCCCAGCCCUCUGAGAUGCCCCCGUCCCCCCUGGUGUGGGAAUAGCUGCUGUCUGGGACACGACCCUGCCCAUGGCCCACGCUGGACUACUGAGGACAAGAAGAAGAAACCCCAACCUGCGUAGCAUUUCACUGGAGUCUAGGACUAGCAAUGUCCACUGUGUGUGUACUGUAAUACUAACUAUGAAGUUUUAAAAUGAACCCAACCAACCACUGCUGACUGGGUUAUGGAGGGACUUUUAGGGUGUGCUAUGUAUACAAGUGUAUACCCACACUGCUCUGUAGAUGCAAACCCACUAAUGAAUGCACACACACAUGUGCAUACAAACAUUGUGCAGAGGUGGUAUAAGAGCCACCCUUGUGUGCUUGAAAGUGUGUGUAAAGCCAGGGAUGAGAAAGAGGCAGUAUGCUACAGAGAGUCCUCGUAGUCUGCCUGCAGUCCCAGAGGGCAACGCACAGCUCCCAUCCACUUCCAUACACGCAUAGUCGUCACUUAUUUAUUAAAGGAGGGAGACGGGGUCCGGAAUGGGUGUUGUUUUAUGUAUAGAACGAGAUUUAAGACUGUACCUACUCACGCUAGCUAAUCCACCCCCCCGAGAAAUCAUAGAGUUCAAUUAGAGAUGAAGCUUUUUAUUUAUUUGUGGUGUACUGUUAAACAGUAUAGUCAGAGGAUUUCAUUGUUUGUUUUUUUGUUAAAUUUUUUUCUGCUCCAUUGCUGUAUGCUCUAUGCCUGCUGUCUCCCGGGUUAGAAGUCAGUAUUUGUGAAGAGAUGUGUGCUCUGCAUGCCAUUUGGUUGCGAUACAUAUGGCGAGAACCCCUCACACGGCACACCCACUCGCACACCUAACCCAAAUGUGGGCAUGUGGAAGUAUGGCACUGUGUCAGUAUUAGCUGGGUAAAAUGAGGUAACCCUGGAAUGUGGUUGCUUCAAAGAAUAGACUAUUAGUGCGAAGAGCCACUGAGAGCUGAAGUACUGUAGCAUGACGGGGGACAGAGAGGCAGUAGUUUAGGGUACAUAUUGAUAUUGUGGGAUUCGCACAGGUUUUGUGCUACAGUAACAAGAAGGCCAUGUUGGGGUGCUACUUGGUCGUUGCAUUUUCUCUCUGGAGACUCUGAGAGACCGAAUUCAAGUAAUCUGCUGUUAGACAUACUGUACCAUAUGAACAGGCAUGUUAAGAGUAUAAAGGAUACAGACAUUCACUGGUUCCCCUGCCAUGUCUGCUGAAUCUAUAGUCCUACCAUACACUGUCCAUGUUCUGUCAAUACAUACCUAGUUGAAGACAGACAAGCAAAAUAAUACGAAGAUCAGCCAAACCAAAAUAAUACAAUUAUUCUAAAGAGAAAGCGAAACCAAGAUUUAAAAAAAUAGAUGUUUGAUGAUACGAGGGGAUGUUGCCAUUCCUUGAAGACAUUCAUUCAUUUCUGUAGGGUUGCUUAUACGUGUGUCCUGUCACAUGCGAAUAAGAAUGUUUAACUAACUACAGUGAGUUGCUUUGGUGAGGGUUUGUCACCUUAUCAAGGGAAUGGUGUCAAACAGAUAUAUUAGGUCUACUUUAAACCUCACUCCCCAAAGCGAUAUUUCAUGUUACCCACACCUACGCCAAUAAAAUAAACUCUCAGAAGAAAACAAUUUAAUAUAUUUUUUGAUUAUUAUUUUUUAGUUCUUUCAGUCAACAUUCUAUGGCAUGCUUUCUCAUGAUCCACAGAAUAUGAUAUGUAAAUACAUAAAAAAACGAAUAGAUUUCAAACUAAAUCUACAAUGGAGGAAAAAAACUAAGAAAUUAAAACUCAAAACAAUACUGCUGUAUAGAAGGUGUAUUAGCCUGCACAUUUUUAGGGCUGUGCAUUUUAUUUUAUUUUUGAGACUUGUAUAUAUUUUAUUUGGUCUUUAAUUUGUUUUCCCCUGUACUAGAGUGUGUAGAAGACAAAAAUAAUCCAAAACAAAAAUGAUUCAGAAAACAAAUGAAAAAACACAUAACCAAUUAUGUUAAUUGUGUCUUGUGUGUACUGCAGAGCUGCGGCUAUAUUGAAGUAGAAGGCUUUUUUCUUAUUAUUAUUAUACUACUAUUAUUAUUAUAUUAUUAUUUCUUUUACCUUAGAGAAACACUUUACUAUUGUGUUUAUAUGUAUAUAAAGGAAUCACAAUGUUGGUCUCUACCUCUUGAGCUCAAUUACUUGGUUUGUCUACCUCCACAAGUUUAUCAUUUCAUGUGGAGAUUUAAAAAUAAAACUUGAAUGUCCCUUCCAGCUUUUAUAUUGAAAUAAAUAAAACACAUGCAAGUUUCUUCUUCACUCAUUUGAAAAACGAUUAAAAAUUUGCCAGAGGUGGGUUGCAUACUAUCAUGUCAUUGUAUUAAAAACCCUAUCAAUAGCCAAGCAAUUACAGACUGUUAGUUGACAUUGAGUCAUACAUUUGAUAGGCUAUGACCCCCCCCCCCCCCCCCCCCCGUUUCCCUGUGUAAUAUGUAUGUGAAGAUGCUAGUAUCUUUUCUUCAAGAGAUUUUGGGUUGUAAUGAAGUACAAAAACCCACUGAUGCUCAUUUUAAACGUGUACAAAAAAAUAACGCAGACUAACUUGAACCUGCAACUGAUAUUUGGGCAAAAUUUGGAUAGAUACUACUUGUGCUGUCACACAUUUUAUAAGACAUUUGAAGUUUAUACUCAGAGGUAAUGUAAUUUGAAUACAAUUUACGAUAAAUAUAUCUAUAAAGCUCUGCUUACAAGGACCUUAAAGCCAAUGUGAAGUUGAGACCGGAAUUGACUCCUCGGAUGUACUCACGUGUGUGUUGGGAAAAAUGGCCGGUUUCUAAAAGUGUAGAUUUGAAGUACAGUGGUGAAACUCAUUAAAUGUGACAUUUAAAGAACGUCAGUGCUGUGGCUUUUAUUCUUCUUCCUGCUUCAUUAUAGACCUAGACUGUUGCGUAGAAUAUGUAGAUCAUGUAUUAUACAUAAUGUCUGAUUUCAUCCUGGUUGAAUGGGUGGUCCCGUGUGGCUCAGUUGGUAGAGCGUGGAGCUUGCAACGCCAGGGUUGUGGGUUUGAUUUACAACUUACUGUAAGUCGCUCUAGAUAAGAACAUCUGCUAAAUGACUAAAAUGUAAAAUUGUGUGAUUAUUUCAGGACUUUUACUGCCACCCAGUGGAGGACAUUAUCUUUAACAGUCUAAGCAUUUCCAAAAAAUGUGAGCACGUGAUAUACAAUCAAAUCGCAUUGCUUUCACAUUGGAUUUUACCAUGGUAUAUUCCACUGAGGGGAAGUGUACAUCAAUAUAGACAGAAUCUCAAUUAUUGUCCAUAUUAAAGGUGCUCUAUGCAACAAGUCCAACGACAACAGCCCUUAAUGUCUAUGAUAUAUCUGUAACAGUAAAUGAAUACAAUUCCUUAAGAAAAAUAAAGAAUGUUGAACAUUG